GCUCUGCGCACCCAGCCUGCCGCGCGCUAGCGAGCCGCCGGGGAAGAUGGCGGAGAGGCUGGAAUGGGUGGAAAUCAUAGAGCCUCGAACCCGGGAGCGCAUGUACGCCAACCUCAUCACAGGGGAGUGUGUGUGGGAUCCGCCCGCUGGCGUCCGCAUAAAGCGCACCAACGAGAACCAGUGGUGGGAACUGUUUGACCCGAACACCUCACGGUUCUACUACUACAAUGCCACCACCCAGCGGACCGUAUGGCACCGGCCGCAGAAUUGUGACAUUAUCCCGCUGGCCAAGCUACAGACCCUGAAGCAGAACACCGAGUCACCGAGGGCCUCCACAGAGAACAGCCCUGGGCGGAGCAGCAAUGUCAGCAGGGAGGGCAGCACCAGCUCCUCCCUGGAGCAGGAGCUGGAGGGCAGCGAGAAGGUGCAGGAUCAGACGAGGUCAAACCGUCAGUCAGCCCAGUUCGCUGUAGUGAAAGAAGAACCAGAAAGUUCUUCACCUCCCGGAGUGUUUGAGAAAGAAUAUGAAAUAUACCGGGAUUACAAUGCAGAAGGUCAACUUCUCCACUACAGGUAG